GGGCUUCUCAUGCUAUCUCUUUCUUUUUGCCUGGGUGGAUUGUGUGUCUGGGUGGUUUCCCUGCAGAGGAGAGCGUAAAAAAAAACGAAUCGUAUUUAUCAACGCUAUUACUCAUUCAUAAACCAACCGAAGCUGACUAAGCUAAAGGGAACACCUUAGUUAGUAAAUGUUUUCGUGUGAAUUGUGCUAUUAAGUAGUUUUGAGCGAAAUCGUAACUGUCCCGUUCGGUAGCAGAAUCCACAACCCACAACAGGAUGGAUAGCAAAGGGCGGCACGUUAUUGUUUGCGACAACGGAACAGGAUUCGUAAAAUGUGGUUACGCCGGCAGCAAUUUUCCGGCCCACAUCUUCCCGUCGAUGGUCGGGAGGCCUAUUAUCCGGGCGGUGAACAAAAUCGGAGACAUCGAGGUGAAGGAUUUACACGUUGAUGACUUGAUGGUGGGUGAUGAGGCAUCCCAGUUACGGUCCCUGUUGGAAGUGUCCUACCCGAUGGAGAACGGUGUCGUGCGCAACUGGGAAGAUAUGUGCCACGUGUGGGAUUACACGUUCGGCCCGAAAAAGAUGAACAUCGAACCAUCCAACACGAAAAUUCUGCUAACCGAGCCACCGAUGAAUCCGACCAAGAAUCGGGAAAAGAUGAUUGAGGUUAUGUUCGAGAAGUAUGGAUUCGAUUCGGCGUACAUUGCGAUCCAGGCAGUACUGACGCUGUACGCGCAGGGUUUGAUCAGUGGCGUGGUCAUUGAUUCGGGUGACGGUGUCACGCACAUCUGCCCGGUGUACGAGGAGUUUGCAUUGCCGCAUCUGACGCGCCGUCUAGACAUUGCCGGGCGGGACAUUACGCGCUACCUGAUCAAGCUACUGUUACUGCGCGGUUACGCGUUCAAUCAUUCGGCUGACUUCGAAACGGUGCGCAUGAUGAAGGAGAAGUUAUGCUACAUUGGCUACGACAUCGAGAUGGAGCAACGGCUUGCCUUGGAAACAACGGUGUUAGUUGAAUCAUACACGCUACCAGAUGGGCGUAUGAUAAAGGUGGGUGGUGAACGGUUCGAGGCACCCGAAGCACUGUUCCAGCCACAUUUGAUCAAUGUGGAGGGCCAAGGUAUUGCGGAGUUGGUAUUCUCCACCAUCCAGGCGGCUGACAUCGACAUGCGCUCGGAGCUGUACAAGCACAUCGUGCUGUCCGGCGGGUCUACCAUGUAUCCCGGCCUGCCGUCACGGCUCGAGCGCGAGAUAAAGCAACUCUAUCUAGAACGUGUGCUCAAGAAUGACAUCGACAAGCUGUCCAGGUUUAAAAUCCGCAUCGAGGAUCCGCCCCGACGAAAGGAUAUGGUUUUCAUCGGUGGUGCUGUUCUAGCGGAAGUAACGAAGGAUAGAGAUGCAUUCUGGAUGUCCAAAGCGGAAUACCAAGAACAGGGGCUAAACGUGCUGAAAAAGCUUAGCACCAGAACGAGCAACUAAAGUGUUUUUGGGUGGCUUGUAAUGCGCCUUAGAGAUGGUGACGCCAACCAUAAUUAAGAGCCGGAACUAUAGGGAAUAUUUGACACGCAAGCUAACGCUCAAAUCCCCAAUGUCCUUUGAACCAGGAAUUAGAAUGAAGAAGUUAUGAAAUCCCUUACAACCCCGUACGCUGUUGGCAAGUGGGAUAGGUUUGCUAAUUGUAAAGUUCCAAUUAGUCUAAUUGUUUACUGCCAGGUGUUCGGGACGGUUAGACGUGAACCAUGUUGAGGUUAUGAUUAUGAAGCAUUUUUUCACCUUCUUUUGUAACGAUAUAUUUUGUAUUAUGUUUCUUGUCGAUGGGGGGUUUUCUUUGUCGCACAGAAAUGCCAAUGCAGUAGAAUGGCUGCAGCAUCUAAUUGUGAAUUCCAGUUAGUUUAAUAGGUGUUGAAAGCGCUAGUAUAGUAACUACAGCGCUGUAUUUUAAUGAAUUUACCUGUAUUUUAACCGUUUUUGUUUUCCUCGCUGUUUUAUAAUGUUAUACAUCCAUUUCUUUCCCGUGCCGGAUGCAGUAGAUGAAGAAGAAGAAAAUCACCGAAAAACCACGUUAGCAUAUUAAAUGUGUGUAUGUGUGUAGGUUUUUUUAUUUAUUCAAGAAAUUUGUUUACUCAAAAGAUGUAUAAUUUCGAAUGUUUUUUUUUUUUUGUUCCAUCUGGUCAUUUCUGUAUUCUGAGUAUGUUAGAGUGCCUUUUUUUUAAUAACUGUCAUAUUCCUUUCCUGCAUUUGUUUUUUUUUCUUUCUUUGUUUACCGUGGUAAUCGCUAAAGGAAAAAACCGAAAAGAUAACCGCCAAAAACCGCUAUUCCAAUAGUACGUUCAUGCGCGAUAUGAAACUAAACUCGAUUUUGUAUCGGAAAUUGUGAGCCGCAACCAAAACGGCAAAUUAUCGAUAGAAGAAAGGGGAAAUUAGAACAACAACAACAACAAAAAAUAGAUAAGAACCUAUUAAGUAAGGUGCAAUUACGUCGAAAACGUACGUCCCUGCCAAAAAAGAAGAAUAUGCAGGUGCAAACUGUGUAUAGGAGAACGUGUUAGUUAAACAAAAGAACGCUAAUCAAACAAUGCUACAUAAAAAAGAAAAGAGCAGGAAACAAGUUAAAGGCGGAUUGUGAACCGAUGUAAGGGGGGUAGUGCGACAUCCAAAAAAGAAAAAACGUAUUAUUUGUGUAGAGAAAUAAAAGUUACAAGUGAAACGAUAAAUCAAA